AGUGUUAAAAAUAUUUUCACCAAUUUAUAAAUUUGCUUGAUACCCAUCACCAUUACAAUGGAAGGUGAUAAAUACUUUAUGACUUUGGCUUGUGUGACUGCUAAGAGAAGUGACGACCCAGUGACAAAAGUUGGGGCAUGUAUAGUAAACGAAAAUGGAAUUAUCGUGGGAGUUGGAUACAAUGAUAUGCCUGCUGGUUGUGACAAUUGGGCAAAAAGCACGGGAGCAUUGGAACACAAAAAAAAUUAUGUGUGCCAUGCCGAAUUUAACGCAUAUAUAAACAAAACCUGCGCUGAUGUGAAAAACUGCAAAAUUUACGUUACGUUGUUUCCUUGCAACGAAUGUGCCAAAAUCAUAAUUAAGUCUGGGAUACAGGAGGUUAUAUAUUUAUCUGAUAAAAGAUGUGAUAAACUUUACACCCAAAUUUCAAAAAUUAUGUUAAAGCGUGCUAACGUAACCUACAGACAACUGCUAUUGCUGGAGAAUAUGGAAAUUAAUUUUGCUGAAUUUCUAAGAGAUGAAGCACAAUGCAAAAAAAGGAAACAUUUUUCUGUAGAAAACAUGUAAUAAUUUGGAGUUUAAUAAACUAUUAGACCACACAUUUUGACCUUCCAUUUUAUAAACCUAAACUUCGGUUCUGAAGAACAUUAUCAGGAUUUCUACAAGUUGUAGGUAGUAAUGUUUCGAAUGCAAAGAAAUGCAUUUGCCCGUAUUUUGAUGGAAUUUUGCGGUUUAGUAAGUCAAGGU